UGCACUUCUGUGGGAAUUAAAUGCUCAUCUUCAAUUCGAAGAAUUUCUUAGUCCCGCAUUGAGCAGAGACGGAAAGAGCGGAAGUGAAUGGAAGGGAAUAGAGUUGAGAGAUGCCAAAAACUAAAGCUUGUAAGGUCACAAGAGUAAGGGCCUGCUCACCAUUUACGUAUCCUUCCCAAUCCCACCUCUUAAUGCCUAACACGGUGCCAGGCAGGUAGUAAGAGGAUCAGCAAAUACCCAUUGAAUGAAUCAGUUGAGCUAUGAAGUGUGUGUUAGCGAAGGAAAGGCCCUAGCAAGGACUGAAAAGGACCGAAUUCAGAGGAAGGACCGAAUUCAGAGGAAGAACCGGACGCCAGGGGGAGCAAGAAGGCGUACUUGCCAGACGUCGCGGGAGUUCCCGUGCACUCCGAGGCUUCGCGCGUUUAGCUUCUGGCGGAAGGGCGGGGCAGGAAAAAGGACCGCAGCCUCGGCGCUGGCGUGGGAAUUGCUUCCGGGUUACGCGCCCGGAAUCAGGAAGUUGUCGGCUUCUUCACGCCCGGCGGCUUGCUGUCUCCGAGGCGGGAGGAGCCCGAGGGGGCACGGUCCCCGCAUGUAGAAGCCACUGUUAAACGAGUCAAGCUUACCGGUCGGAACUCUUCUCUGGGGCAAAGCUCAUUUCUGCCAGAGUUGGACAUUCUUUCUGGAGGGAUUUUGUAUUAGGAGACAUGGAUCUUGCUGCUAAUGAGCUCAGCAUUUAUGACAAACUUUCGGAGACUGUGGAUUUAGUGAGACAGACAGGCCAUCAGUGUGGCAUGUCAGAGAAGGCAAUUGAAAAAUUUAUCAGACAGCUGCUGGAAAAGAAUGAACCUCAGAGGGGGCCACCACAGUAUCCCGUCCUUCUAGCCGUGUACAAGGUCCUCAUAACCCUGGGAUUAAUCUUGCUCACUGCCUACUUUGUGAUUCAACCUUUCAGCUCAUUACCACCUGAACCAGUGCUUUCUGGAGCUCACACCUGGCGUUCACUCAUCCAUCACAUCCGGCUGAUGUCUUUGCCCAUUACCAAGAAGUACAUGCCAGAAAAUAAAGGAGUUCCUUUGCAUGGGGGUGAUGAAGACAGACCCUUUCCAGACUUUGACCCCUGGUGGACAAAUGACUGUGAGCAGAAUGAGUCAGACCCCAUCCCUGCCAACUGCACCGGCUGCACCCAGAAGUUGCCCCUAAAAGUAAUGCUCCUGGAAGACACCCCAGUGAAGUUUGAGAGACUCCAUCCUCUGGUGAUCAAGACCGGACAGCCCCUGUCAUCUGAGGAGCUUCAGCAGUUUUUGUGCCAGUACCCUGAGGUGACAGAAGGCUUCACCGAAGAGUUUUUCGCCAAGUGGUGGCGCUGCUUUCCUCACCGGUGGUUCCCAUUUCCUUAUCCCUGGAGAAGACCUCUGAACAGAUCACACAUUUUACGUGAGCUUUUUCCUGUCUUCACCUUCCUGCCGUUUCCAAAAGACGCCUCCUUGAAAAAGUGCUUCCUUCUUCAACCGGAACCUAUUGCGGGGAGUAAGAUGCAUAGGAUGCAUGACCUGUUUACCAUCGGCAGCGGCGAGGCCAUGUUGCAGCUCAUUCCUCCCUUCCAGUGCCGAAGACACUGCCAAUCUGUGGUGAUGCCACUGGAGCCGGGGGAUGUUGGCUAUGCUGGUGCCACUCACUGGAAGGUCUACAUUAUAGCCAGAGGGGUCCAGCCUUUGGUCAUCUGCGAUGGAACCAUCGUCUCAGAACCGUAGGAAACAACUGCAUGAAAGAACAGCUCUGAGAGCUGAAGACCAGAUUGAAAGGGGGGAAAUAAAAACAAACAAACAAAAACCCUGAUGAAACCACUUCCCAGGGGUUGGUCACUUAGUUACCUGCCCCAUGCAUGCAUGUGUGAGCCAGCUGUGCGCUGGAGGCAAAGGCCAGAGCUUGGUCCUCCCAGCUCUUCUAGCCCAGCUGCUUGGCCCGGACUUUGCCAAUAUCCAUCUGUGAGAGACUGGCCUCUUCCAGGCCUUUUGGUACCGAAGCCUUGAGGCUGCCCCUUAGGCAGGGAACAGGGUUGGUACCACCCCUCACUUGCAUGCCGUGGUCUCCCCACUGGCUCCCUGGCCCUGCGAGGACAGUCUGCAGGCCCCAACUUCGGAGCCAUCCUCUGCCAGGUGGGUCUGCCCAUCCUGUCUUCCUCAUCACACUCCCCUGUGCUCUGUUUGGAAAGCCACGGAUGAUUAAAGAAGUCACUGCAGUUUCUCAAGCAGAUUGGAAUUAAGAACUAGUGAAAAGGGAUCAAAUAACCUCAGACUGCACUCAAGAAAUGCAGUUCUUAUGGGGUUCCCAUUGUGGCUCAGUGGUAACGAACCUGACUAGUAUCCAUGAGGACACAGGUUCGAUCCCUAGCCUUGCUCAGUGGGUUAAGUAUCCUGUGUUGCCAUGAGCUGUGGUAGGUCACAGGCACAGCUCAGAUCUGGCGUUGCUGUGGCUGUGGUGUAGGCAGGCAGUUGUAGCUCAGGCCGACAGCUGAAGCUCAGAUUUGACCCCUAGCCUGGAAACUCCCAUAUGCCGUGGGUGCGGCCAAAAAAGACCAAAAAAAAAAAAAAAAACAGUGCAGCACUUCUUUCCCCGUGUCCAUGGCUCUUGGGGUCUCAGUGAUGCCAGAAGGGAGUCUGAUUGUAAUGGAAAUGGCAAUUCCUAAGGUAGUGCUUUUCCCCAUGCUGUCAGGUUCUUACGCCUCCGAACCCUUCCCUUCUCCCUGGCCUCUGGAUGGUUCCUUAGAAGUUGGGCUCCCAGCCCCUCCCUUGGCUGGGCCAGAGCCCUUUACUGCUGAGGCAGCACUGCUCGUGUCAACUGUGCUGCUCUUACCAAAUGUCUUCAGAGGGGGAUGAGCUGGAGUGCUGGCCUGGGGAGCAGGCGCCUCCCUGGGUUUGAUCUUUAGGGUCCGACUUUCUUCAAGGAAGAUGUUUUACAGAUGUGUCAGGCCGAUGUGGUAAUGUGGUUGGGGAAGGAGCUGCAGACCCAAAGUGUGUGCCAGCUGGGUGUGCGACUGUGUGAGCCUCAGUCUUGAAAUGAUUUCUCUGUACUGGGAAACAAGGUGAGGUGUUUUCAUUUUUUGUGAAAAUGUAAAACUGUGUUCUUUUGAUGGGAUGAUUCGCAAUGAUCAUUGUUUUCCCCAAGUGCUUUUAUUGUGUCUUCAGUGUAUAAGUAAGGCCCCUCUUUUCUUGUUUCCUUUCUUCUUUUAUAUUCCUUUAUCGACUCUAAUAAUCUGGUCAUGCCUUUGCCAAGUCGAAGAAAAAAACAAGCCACACUGCAGCCCCUGGUUCUGAACUGCAGCGAUCAAACGGAUGCAGGUGUCUGUGUCGAGUUACAGACCGGAGGCCCCAGCAGCGAGGGAAGAGGGUGUGACUCUUUGCAGGGUCCUCUUCGUCCUUGGAGACACCCCUGCACCUUGUCCCCAGGCCCUCUUUCUCCGUGCCUCUCACGAGCAGCAGUGGCGAUCAUCGCACGCUUGAAUGCCCUGUGUGUGGGUUUGCAAGGGACAGGGAGGUUUUGUGAGCUCAGAGUGGAAAUGGUGAGCACCUCCUCCGCAGGCUUGAAUGAAACUAGGAGGAACUAUACCUGAGGGGAUUUUUCCUUAAAAGAAUCAGCGCCUUGUGUGAAUUGAUACAGGAAAAACAAAACUUCUUGUCCAUAUAAAAGUCAUGCUGCUAAGCAGUUAUGAUUUAAGAGAUUUUAAGUCAGAGAGAUCAUUUGGAGGCCAGCUUUGUGCAAGCUUUAAGAGCCUUUCCCCUGCCGCACUCGGAUUAUAUGUAAACAAGUUCUUAAGAGGCCCCUCAGUUUUCUGAAAUUAGGCCCUUUGGGUUCACAAAAGAGAAGAUUCCUUAGGAGCAAAGCAGCUGUUUUGCUGAUGGAGAUUUCUGUUUUGUUUUUAUGAAUUAUCCCGUUUUCCUUCCCCCUUUCUCUCCGACCCUUCUUCAUACCUUUAACGUUCAUAAAAUACCCUCUUUAGCUCAAAACUGAAAAACCUUGUACACGUUCGUGUUCCGAGACCUCCUCUGGUGUUCUGAGCUGUCUGCAGUCCAACCGAGGAAUGUGUAGCCGCAGAGAAGUAGAGGCUUUUGUGCAUGUGCUACUCCUUUUACUUAAAAUCUGUCCAGUUCAGAACUGAAUAUAGAUUUAUGUUGGGGAGGAAUUCUCCAAAGAGGCUUUUCUGCUCUUACCUACCGGAUACAGAGAAGUAAUUCACCUUCUUCUCAAGGUAGUUCUGAAAAGCAGAAUCUGCCGCCGGCCAGCGCUAAAAGAAUGGCGUGGGCUCGCCGGCCAGGUCCUUUCUGGUUAUCCAAGGCUUCCGCCAGGCUUUUGCUGCUCACCUGGCUCCCGGCUCCUUGGUGGAAGGAGCAAAAGUCCCUGCGCACAACCCUGUGUGGGAAAGAAGGUCGUCAGGACGACAAAGGGGGUCGAGGGGCUGGUGGCACCACAUAAGCCCCCUCUCUACCACCACAGUAAGGAGAAAACCACAGGGCCCGCUUUUCAGAGGGACUUAACUUGCUCAUGAGCAUGUCAAGUGUCUGCUGAGAGGUGAGCGGGCAGGGACCUCCACAUGUGGGUCAGGUUCCCUUGUCAGUUCCCAGAGCAGCUGGCUCUCUGGGGAGAAAGGCUGCUUUGGCACCAGAUUGAAGCAUGAGUUCCAGAUGUCCUGAGCACCCCAGGAAUCAGGGAUUGAACAGACAUUACACCCAUCCUGGUUUAUGAAAAGAGGUAGACCUCAUCCUCUCCCAUGCUCAAUUGCUUCAGGAAGGGGAGAGAAUGAAAUAACAAUGGUUUAUGAAAACAGCAUACCUCUUCCAGUGACAUCCAAAACAAGCCUGGAAAGUGGACAGAGUUUGCUGGCGGGAAGGGUGCCCGUGGUGGCUUGAUGUAGGACCUCAGUUCCCAGACCAGUGAUGGAACCCAGGCCACAGUGGUGAAAGUGCCGAAUCCUAACCACAAGGCCACCAGGGAACUCCCGGGGUUAUUUUCUGAGAAGAGGAAAUAGUAACAUGUUUCUAGUCCAUUUCAACGUCAAUGUCUUGAUAAACAUGCCCUUCUUUGAGCUUUUCUCAGCUGAGCAAAGCAGGGAUUAGAUCCUCAUUUUACAAGUAAAGCACCUGGGCAUAAAACAGUAAACUGCUGGCCAGUGGAUAGCUGGUUCCACAGCACAGUACUUUCCCGCUUCAGCGCAGUGUCGUCCCAGGAGCAGAGCCGUGGGUUUGCCUGAGUCAGGUGUGCCCCAGCUGGAUAGGAGAAUUUAGGGACCAGAUCAGCAAGCCAGGAACUCCAGGGCUUGUUUUAAAAACUGUUUUGGACAGAAAUGGAGAGAAUCUAACAGAUGACUUUUAUAAAAAGCCUUUCACGUUUCCCCUCCCCAUCUGAAAACUGAAUGUUGCUGGAACACAGCUGUGUCCAGCCAUUCUCCCAUCACCACAUAUUUCCAGAUGUGUGACCAGAAGAGGGACUCUAUCCAAUUCCAGUUGUGGGUCCCUUUGGAAUUUACAUCACUUGUUUUUUAGUUCUUGGUUUUCUAUUCCCUUCUUCCCAAACGCAGCAGUGUAAGAAGAAUUUAGAACAAAAUAGUUCCUUAAUGGCAGUUGAUGGCCUCAAUCAUUUUAAUAUAGUCUGGAUUAUGCUCAUUAGGCAGGGGCUUCCACAGUGAAAAUUCAAAACCCCAAAGCAGAUGUUUGCUUCUCCACUAAUCCUUGCCCAGCAGAAGGCCAAGUUGUAGGGGAAAGAGGAGAGAAGCAAUCUUGUCUGCCUUGGUUGCAAGGAGAGAAGCAAUCUUGUCUGCCUUUUGAGAAUCCAUUUUUUAGUUUUGGCUGCGCCCAUGGCAUGCAGGAGUUCUCAGGCCAAUGAUCAAGCCUGCGCCACAUCAGCAACCUGAGCCAUGCAGUGACCCGCUGAGCCACCAGGAAACUCCAAGAAUCAAGUAUUAAACAGGAAUCUUUUAGGCUUUUGAGUUCUCCUACUGAUGGAGGAAAAACUCUCCUGAAUUGCAAGUUCCAUGCUCAUUAACUUUCACCUUUCAACUUUUUAACCAAGAUUGGUUGAAGAAAGGGAGUGCCAGAGGUGUGCUUUAAAACGGCAUUUUGGUUUGAGUUUCCAUAUUUGCACCUGUGGAUGUGGAUGUUGGAUACAGAACUGACGUAUGCCAGGACCAGGAGGCUAGGAAGGGGCAGGUGCUGGAUGGAGAGCCCUGUCACAGGUGAAAAAUGGGGGGUUCUUAGGACAUGCUGUGUUGCCAUCAGCCUCCCCAGAUCCAGCAGCUUCUUCUGUUCUGAUGGACAGGUGUUCUGCCUUCUCACACCACGUCCACAGCCGUCCAACCUAUGCAGUGUGGCUGUAAGUGCUGGCCUUGGGGAGAAACCCUCCCGCCAGCUUGUCUGCCGUCCAGGCCCCUCAGCGUCUGCUUUCCUUGCCCUGCAUAAUUUAAGCAUUAGUGCUAAAUACAUCUGUCAUCUCCCCCUCUCCAGAGACCAUGAGAUGUCCAGACAUUUCACGUGGAGAGAAGGAAUGUUGCAUAACUCUAAGUGGAGGCCCAGAGCUGUCCAGACACGGUGGGGCUGCCCACAGGCCGUUCCUCCUGCCUUAGUGUGUCCGCCGGCGUAAAGCCAAGAGCGAGCCACAGCUGCGAGCACUGUGCAUAGAGGGAAACCAGUUCAGAGUUUCAAGCAGAAAUUGAGGGGGCAGAACAUCUUUGUGCCGGGCUUAUGCUCCCUCAUUAUUGUUCAGAACAGCUCUGUUGGGUAGGUGAGGUCAGCCUGCAAAGCCACCUCUGCUCACUGCGCAGCCGGGUCCCAGCCUUCAAAGCUCAGCCCCUCAGAGUACUGCUGACCUUUUCAGGAACAAACUCUCACUUACUGUGGGAACUGGUGGAAGGGCUGACCAGGGAAGCCCCAGCUUCAUCAUAGGUGACUUCCCCUCCAAACUUUUCUCCAUAGUUUUACCCUCAGAAAAAUGCUGGCUGUGGUUUCUUCCUCCUCCCCAUCCCAUGGAAGGUCAGUUACAGACACCCACGCUGGGGGAGAAGCCUGGAGAGGCAGAGGUAAGCGGGAACAGUGCUCAGCCUCUUCCCUGCUCGCCUCAGGGGCAGAAGCCAGGGUGCAGGGCCUGGGUGGUCCCCAAAAGCAGAGGGGGCAGACACCUGCCCAGCCACUGGUCCUCCAGAUGGUCCACGCGGUUCCUCUGUGUUCAGUGUGGAGUGUUGACCGACCAUAACUUAAUAUCCUGCAAACUUGUUAAGAAUGUAUGUAAAUUAAAAUUUUAUGUAACAAAAAUUUUUACUUUUUGCAAUUAAAAGUGUAUAUGGUGGUUGAUAAGAA